AUGACGGAUAACUCCGAGUACUCCCUGGCCAUGGCUUCUGCACUUCAACUCAACCAGCUUGUGGAUUCCUCGCCUCCUCAUAGUAGACACACUUCCGUCCGUGCUCAUACCAUCGAUCUCUCCUGCCAACCGUCUUGCAGCCGCCACAUUGCUGCAUCUGUUACACCUUCGGGUCCUCCUCUCCUAAGAAGUGGCCACUUAAGGCAUCUCCUUGCUCCCAUCACUGCCAGGUCCAUUGCCUCCACUCGUCUUUCAUCCAGAGCUUCUCCGCCUCUUGCCUGCAAGGUAUCACCUCCGGUUUCUGCUCCUACGCCGUCCUCGCUGCCUCCUUCUCAGCCCAGCUACCCCACCCGCUUCGACUGCCACGUCUGCGGAAGGUCGUUCUCCCAACUCCGGAGACUCAAGAAGCAUACUCGGUCCCACCCUGGCCAGUCCUCUCUUCCAUCUUCAUGUGCUACAGACAACGGGUCUCCCAUCGCUCCUGAAGCCCACACACAGGUUGCUAUCGACACUCCGGUGGGACAUCACACACGUUCUCGCCGUGCUGCUGGCCACUCCUGUGCCCCUGCUGCCUGCCAGACUGCUACUGCACCUGCCGUCACCGAGCCUACCACCUCCUGUGAUGCAUCGCCUCUUAGUCCGUCCUCCUCCCCUGGUACUUGUCAUGUCUCCCUCCAGCUGCCUGUCUCUCCACCACCGCUUGUUCCUGAUGCCAUCAUCUCAUCAUCUAAUGCCAUGCCUGCUGUGUCACGUCCUCCUCUCGCCACUGCCGUCCAUGCUGCAUCUGCUCAUUCCGACACAGGCCCUUUGACGCUUGCCUCCUCACCUGCUGUUCCUGACGAGCUUCCAGUGCCCCAUCCCGAGGUGACCUCUACUCCCUUGACGCCGGCCCAACUUGCUACCUCCUCCUGCCACUCAUCCCCCGGACAUGACCUCGACACAAGCUCCUCACCGAGGUACCUGAGGACACAGAGCCAGGACUCCGCUACCGAUGUACUGCGCACCUCCCCUGAUGCCACACCUGUUCCUGAUACGCCGCUGGUCUCGUCGCCACCUUCUCUUGCGACCAACGCCUCCGUGACAUCUGCUUUCCCACACUCCACCUGCAGACAGGAGUCCGAGAUUCAUCUGAUCUCGGUCCGAUCUGAUCGAUGA